GCUCCAUUUCCCACGGCGAAAACCCUCCGAUCAACAGAUCUCACUACCUGACCCAUCGAAUCCACUAUUCAGCUACCUAGAUCCUACUUUAAACCCUCUAGUUUCAGUCGCUGCACUACAAAAAUGCCAUUACAAAGCAAGAGAACGGUCAAGGUCCAUGAGAUCCCCCCAGGAACUACGAAAGCUCAAUACAUUGACUUCGUUGAGCAUCUUUGUACCAAGCCGCAGAAGACCUCUCGGUUUCGCUUAUCUCGGGUUACUAAGCAUUUCAAAAGCAAAUCGAAGUCAACUGCACCAACACUGUCGGCAUCAACGGAUGAGGUAGAGGAAGACGCAAAGUCAAAAGAUGAAGCUGAGCCAGCUCCGCCACCUUCGACUCCAAUAGGCAGAGGGGAGCAAGCUGCACCGCUACCCGACAAUUCUCGACCGACUGCAAAGGGAUGGAUAGAAACCACAUUCUGUUCCCAGAACGGUCAAUCAGUUGGGACGAUCUCUUUUGAGAAUGAGUUACUUAAAAGUGAAGCUCUGGCACGACACGAGAAGGAUAAGAAGUCCUGUUGGAAAGACUGGUUUGUCGAGGACAACUUCAAGGGAGUCACUAUUCUCUAUGAAGGGCCCGAUGCAAAGUUUGACAUCUGCGCGGUCCACGGGCUGGGCGGCAAUGCUAUCGACACCUGGACUGCUGACAAUGGUAAAAUGUGGUUCAGAGACCUCCUACCGGAGCAUGAGAACUUCAAAAACAGUCGCACUAUGACUUUUGGUUACGACUCGGACCUGACGGACAGAAGCACGGUUAUGGAACUAGAGAACUGGGCGGAGACUCUACUUCGGUCUCUGAACGAAGUGCGAACUGGGGAUAAGGAGAAAAAACGCCCGUUACUGUUUGUAUCUCACUCUUUGGGAGGGUUGGUUGUACGGAAGGCCAUGGCACGUCUACAUCUCACGCCCAAUUGCGAGAAUAUCACACUCUCUCGAUGUGCCAUCGUCUUUCUCGCCACACCACAUAACGGAUCGACAAAGGCUGAUUGGAGCAACUUUUUGGUAGCGACCGCCCAGGUGAUUGGGGGAGUUAGACCAGAGACCGUCAAGACACUACAGUCCUUCAACACGGCUUCCGUCUGGGAUACUGCAGCAUUCCUCAAUCUGGACCCAUGCCCGCCCUUUCGAUGUUUUGCAGAAGGUAUCUCGAUGCGCGUGAAAGGUACAAAUCAACAUAUUGUGACACAAGCAUCUGCCACUCUUGGCAAGCAUCAGGCACAUGUGAUCAUGAAUGCUGAUCAUAGUUCCAUUUGCAAGUUUGACUCGAGGCUGGGGACCUUCGUGACGAUCAAUAUGGCACUAUGGGAGUUACUUAAUGAGGUGACCACUGGUAGCGUGCAGCAACCCAAGACUCAACAAGAACGCCGUAUGUUUGGCCAGCCGCGCUUCCAAGCUCAUGCAUAUCCACCCGAUCGAGGUUUCUGGUGGGAGGGAAACGAGUUGAACGAGAUUCAACAUCAGAUCACAUCUACAAGACCUUUUUUUGGCCGGUCAAAAGAACUUGAAACACUUGAAGCGUCUUUAGCUACAGAUGACACCCGUCCAAAGCUUACCGUGAUCAAGGGUAUUGCAGGAAUAGGGAAAACCGAGUUUCUCCUUCAGUUCGCAGCUAGGCAAAGAGGCCGCAGGAAUGUCUUUUUCCUAGGAUCCCAUGAAAUGGAGACAGUUGACAGUGUGCUUUCCAAACUGUCGACGAGAAUAGGUUUCGAGAUGAUCGAGGAUCCGACCGAGAAUCAGGAACGGUGGAGAAGCACUCCCGUCUCCGAACGCAUCCAGAUCUUCCUGACGUGGCUGGGACAGGCGUGUAACAAAGAGUCGCUCUUUAUCGUUGAUGAUAUUGAGGCCUUCGGCUACUCCAAGAUCCCAGUCAUCCUGAAGUACCCGGCACAUCACGCCCUGGUCUCGACUCGAGAUUCCAACUUGAUACGGACCGAUCGACACUUUCGAGAAUUUCGGCUAUGUCCUUUGGGAUACGUUGAUACGACUAGAAUCCUGGAAAGCACACUUGAAGGCCUAUCAAGGGAUCCAAUUUAUCGGAAUGGCCUUGAUUUAGUCGCUCGUCGAGUCCAGGGCCAUCCUCUUGCAGCUCGGAAUGCCAUGCCGUUCAUAAUGGAGUAUUUACCAACCUACAACAAUCCUAACACCGCAUUCUCAGACCUCUUCCAUAGCGACGAUCCUGAAGAGCGAAAAGCAUUUCUCGAGUUCAGCUUCGAAGGCCGCUCACUUUGGGGCGGUUUCAACACUUCCCUUGAGCGUCUAGAGCUUCAUGCGAACCCCCAGAGCGCGACUAAGUUACUCCAAAUACUUCCAUUCCUAUGCUUUGACGAUGAGUGUGUGGACGACUUUUUAAAAAUGGACAAGCGCUGGCUACGCGAAUCUGAAGAAGAGCUUGCUGAUAUAGCGAUGCUCAAGUCUGGCUACACGGUCAUAUCGAGCUGGCUCUCUAAACUGCGUGGUGUAUCAUUUUAUGUCUAUAGUGACUCAUCCAGUCCCGCCAAAGCCCUCAACAUCCAUCCUCUCAUGUCACAGUAUAUGCUGUUACAUAUAGACGAGCGGAGAAGAACCAGUCUCUUGAGACAAGUACUACACCUCUUCUAUAGGCUUGAAGCUAGAGGGGCGGAACGGGAGUCCCAAAUACAGCCGCAUGUGCAACACUGCAUCCGAGUGUGUCAAAGACUAGGUUUGUCACUGAACAGCUUGGGCCUCCCAGAGGGCGUCAUGAAGUGGGUAGAGGGGUUCCUUGAGGAACAAGAGGUACAAGGGCUGGAAGAUUUGGAAGAGGUGGGAGAAGAUCCAUUUGCUGACCCCGUGGAAGUGCCCUACAAGUCAGUAGACGAUUUCGUCACACUUUGUGCUCAGAUGAAAGAAAAAGUGCAGAGUUAUGGGAACACGAUAGCUGAAGGCUCAACUGCGUACAAGAUGAUAACCGAUUGUACGAUGGCCUAUCGGGAAGUACGGAGGCGCAUAGGACUGCAAGAAAGAGUACCUGACUCACGUAGGCCCAAUCUUGUCGAUGCCAUCGCAAUACUUCAAGACAUGGUCAGAUUGUGUAGCAUUUACCCAGAAUUCGUUUACGAGCUGGAAGACUUCAAGAGAAGCCUGGAAAAAGACUGAUGAGACCGCCUGGUAGGCAAGGAUAUAAAUGAUAAUAAAAUAUGCCACAUUUCAUACUUAAAGUCUCCCAGCGGUCCAGAUAACCUCAUCGCUUUCAUGAGUUGAGCCCGAAAAUGCGAUAACCCCGCAGACGUCGGCCAUACGAACACAUCCGAGCUUACAGUGGCGUCUGAAGGAUAAGCAGGAUUUC